UCGAAUCUAAUGCCCUAUUCUAACUCGUUAGCGCCUUUUCUUCGUUGGGCACAAGCAAACUUGAAUCAAAUUUGAAUUCUUUUGUGGUUUUUCUUGAUCUGGGCGAUAGAACAACAAAAUCUUCUCUGACAUGGGCUCUCGAUAUCAAAGUCUAUUUUUGUAGAUUUACUCGAAAGUCUGAUCUUUUGCACACCAUAGCUACAGUGAGAAGACUGUAAACUAUUUGAGCACAACGGUAUGAGUCGCUCACUUGUAAGUCCCUCCCUUAAGCGGAAACGACCGGAAACAGGUCCACCAGGUCUCAUAGAUGCUGAACGUGCAAUCCUCGAUUCGAUCAAAGGUAAAAAAGAUUUGGGCAAUUGGGCAAGAGACAUCAAACAAGAGACGAAGCUCACUGAUCAUGUUGUCAAUAAAUCACUCAAGUCAUUGUUGGCCAAGAAAUUGAUCAAAGAGGUGGUAAACAUUCAAAACAAGGGAAAGAAACAUUACAUGUCAGUUGAGUUUGAACCUUCUAAGGAAAUAAGUGGAGGUGAAUGGUACGUUGAUGGGAACCUCGACAAAGAACUUAUAAAUAUACUUAAACAGUUGUGCCUUAGGUAUCUACGUGUGCAGAAGGUUGCUAUUUUGGAGGGAGUCCACAAUGAUCUGAAGAAGAAUCGAGUGGUGACAUUUGAAAUUUCUUGCCAACAAGUUGGAGAAAUAUUGAAUUCGAUGGUUUUAGACAAUGAUAUCAUAGAGGUGAAGAGCACUGGAUUAGGAGAUUAUCAUUCAAUUCCUAUUGGAACAAUUUGUUAUAGAUUUGCGAAUGGAGCAGGGGCCGGAAAGGGUCCAAGGUUAGGAGCAUUUGCUACGGUCCGUUUUGGUGCUUGUCCCCGAAUUAGUUUGUGCACACCUGAUGGGGUUAUCUCCCCUAGUACUUGUGUGUAUUACACCAAAUGGUUAAACAUUGAUUUUUGACAGCUUA